UGACUGGCAGAAGCUACUUUUGAAGGUUUUUCUUUUUCAAAUUUACCUCCAGCUCUCCUAUGCGAUGUGCAGCGGUGCUUCUGAAGUCCUUUUUAGGAAGGUGAUCAAUGCCACGUCUUGCAUUACUUGGAGUGUUUGCAACAAGAACAAAUCAGAAAGGGAGGACGGCUAACUGUGGAAAGAAUUUCAAUGCAGCCGAGUCUUCAGUUACAACAUCUCCCUCUUUGCGGCUUCCUCCUGGAGUGACUAAUUGAACAUCAUACAGCCUUGUUGGGGCUUGCCUGAGACUUCAGUGGGAGAACUCUGCAACGUUCCUGAACAGUUUUUCAUUCAGUCUGAAGCCUGGGAGGGUUAAUGACAUCGGUCCUGCGUCCGACGCUCAAUUUUGCUUUUGUUUUCUCCCCUGGAAACCGUUCUGGUUAACUCAAUGCAGACUCCACGGAGCGAUACAAAAACAACUGAGUUGUCAAGUUGAAGAAUCCAGAGGAGGCUCGAGUUUCAAAUGUUCAGCUUAUGCGAGUGUCCUGCGUGAGUCAGGAGCUCAAAGGACAAUGAACAAAGACCUCCGAAUGGCCAGGAAAGGGCUGCCGAUGGGUUUCCGACACGGUCGGAGACACUCGUGUUUGGGUUUUGAUGUUGAGAAUGGCUUGUCGGCGGGUCGCAGUCCACUGGACUCUCAGACCAGCCCGGGUUCUGGGCUGGUUCUUCAGGCCAACUUUCCCCACAGUCAACGGCGCGAGUCCUUCCUCUACCGCUCCGACUCCGACUUUGACCUUUCACCCAAAAACAUGUCCCGCAACUCGUCUACUGCCAGCGACCUGGAGGAGGGAUUGAAGCAUUGGGAAAUCAAUAGGCCACCUCGGCAUGGAGAAGACAUGAUAGUGACUCCAUUUGCACAGGUUCUUGCCAGUCUGCGAACAGUGAGAAGUAACUUUGCUGUUAUGACAAAUCUGCAAGAGCGUGUAGCAAACAAGCGCCCAACCAGCAGCAACCAGCCAUCCAUGUGCAAGCCAUGUCUUACAGAGGAGCCGUAUCAGAAGCUGGCGGUGGAGACGCUAGAAGAGCUGGACUGGUGUUUGGACCAACUGGAGACGCUGCAGACGAGACAUUCUGUUGGAGAGAUGGCAUCCAAUAAGUUUAAGAGGAUGCUGAACCGCGAGCUGACGCAGCUAUCAGAGACAAGCCGCUCGGGGAAUCAGGUGUCAGAGUUCAUCGCCAACACCUUCCUAGAGAAACAGCAUGAUGUGGAGAUCCUCUCUCCAACGUCUAAGGAGAAGGAGAAGAAGAAGAGGCCAAUGUCACAGAUCAUUGGCGUGAAAAAGACCACACAGAGUCCCAGCUUAGCACCCACCUGCAUCCCCCGCUUCGGAGUCAGCACUCCCCACGAGAGCCUGCUGGCCAAGGAGGUCGAGGACAUCGACCGUUGGGGUCUGGAUAUAUUCAAGAUAGCAGAAUUUUCAGGAAACCGCCCUCUGACGGUGAUCAUGUACACCAUCUUCCAGGAGCGGGACCUGAUGAAAACCUUUAAGAUCCCAAAUGACACCUUUAUCACCUUAAUGAUGACCUUGGAGGACCACUACCGGGCAGACGUAGCUUAUCACAACAACAUCCAUGCGGCUGAUGUGGUGCAGUCCAUCCACGUCCUCCUGUCCACCCCUGCUCUGGAGUCGGUGUUCACAGACCUGGAGAUCAUGGCGGUUCUGUUUGCCAGUGCCAUCCACGACGUUGACCACCCAGGAGUCACAAACCAGUUCCUCAUUAACACCAGUUCAGAGCUCGCGCUGAUGUACAACGACGCCUCGGUGCUGGAGAAUCACCACCUCGCUGUGGGCUUCAAACUGCUUCAAGUAGAAAACUGUGACAUCUUCCAAAACCUCACCAGGAAACAGAAAGAGUCCCUCCGAAAGAUGGUGAUUGACAUGGUGCUCGCCACGGAUAUGUCCAAACACAUGAACUUCCUGGCGGACAUGAAGACAAUGGUGGAGACCAAGAAGGUGACAAGUCUGGGAGUCCUGCUGCUAGACAACUACUCUGACCGCAUCCAGGUUCUGCAGAACAUGGUCCACUGUGCCGACCUGAGCAACCCAACCAAGCCGCUGGAACUUUACCGCAAGUGGACGGACCGCAUCAUGGUGGAGUUCUUCACCCAGGGAGACCAAGAGCGGGACAAAGGCAUGGAGAUCAGUCCCAUGUGUGACAAACACAACGCCUCCAUAGAGAAGAACCAGGUGGGCUUCAUCGACUACGUUGUCCACCCGCUGUGGGAGACAUGGGCAGACUUGGUGCACCCUGACGCCCAGGACAUCCUGGACACGCUGGAGGACAACAGGGAGUGGUAUCAGAGCAUGAUCCGCCGCAGCCCGUCGCCCUCCAGCCCCGAGGAGCACCACCUGGAGGUGAUCCCAGGGGGAGGCGAUGUGGGGGCAGGUGGGCCUGUCCUUUCAGGAGGAGGGGAUAAGUUCCAGUUUGAACUUACUCUGGAGGAAGAGGAGGAGGACGAAGAGGAGCUGGAGUCUGACCUGGAGAGCCCCUCGGCGGCAGAGUCCCAGUCGGGGGGAGAGCAGCACGGGGACUCCUCUCCGUCUUUGUCCCCGGACCCCCGCAGCAACAGCAGGUACCGCCCCCCUUCGCCUCACCCGUCUCGGGCCCUGAAUCCGGCCGCCUUGUCGGUGCGGAGCCUCGACAGGACGCUGGCCUUCCCAGGUCGGGGGGGCGCCGACCGGGACAGAGAACUGAGCCUGGAGGGUGACGGGGUGGCGCGGACGGGCACGUAACCAGCGGCGCCUCCCCCCGCCUUACAGACACGAGUGCUGAAUGUGGAGAGACGGAGGCAGGACGCGCCUUCACUGUAAAACACUACAGCCCCUUUACACUGGAGACACCGGCUCCGCAGAGACAGAGGGACGCGUACCCUCUGUUCUCAUUUUAUAUUUUAAGAGAGUCCUUUCGGCCUCUCUUUGUGUGCACUGGAUGACCCCUGUGUCCCAUCCUGCUUCGUUGUAGCCCUGAGCUUAGAGUGUCCCCGACAAAAGACUGCUUCGACCCAACUGCUGAGAAGAGCGGAGCCAAGUCGAGAUACUCUUAACAAGAACAAGAGAUAAAGGAGACGUCUUCCUCCAAAAUAACUGUUUAUGACAUUCAGACAGGGGAAUGAAGAUCGCUGUGGUCUGACAGGGUCUUGAACUUACUUUGCACCGUAGUUUUGAUUUAUUACAUGAAAUGACUGAGUCCGGUUGGAAUAUACGAGUAUGACUUCUUUGAGAAUGAUGUAGGAUGUGAAUUAUUUUACCAAAUGCAGGCUGUGGUUGAGAGAAAAUUGAUGGACCUAAACCUCAGGGUAGAGAAACAAAUCUAAUGUAGCACGGAUGUAGUGGGUAACCCUCACCUGAUCUUUGACCCCCAAACUGCCUUUCCUGUUUGAUGUACCUCCAAACCACAACUUCUAAGACUUUGUUUAACCUGCGUGUCUUCACAUUAAAUUGAGCCCUUUAAAAGAACAUUUGGCAACUGAAGCAAUCAAAUAUGAUGUAUUUAAACCAGCUUGUAGCACCAGAGCGAAUCAGCACUGAAGUGGGCUGUGCCCCAGUCUCACAUGAUGGAAGUACAAGACACCCCCUGUAUAACUAGUUUGGGCUUCUUCUUUUACCGGAGAUCAUUUCAAAUGGUGUCACUGUUUUAGGAUUCUGAACAGUUGUACGUUUGCUGGUCUUUUCUGUGUUUUGUUUUAUUUUUUAUCAGGGUGCCUCCGGUCCGCAGUAGCACUUUACCGUCUUUGCCCUUCAGCUCUUUGAUCCUGUCAGACAAAGGGCUCCGUCCACUGUAGGCCUACUGAUCACACAGACACAGUACAGGACGCCUGACUAAGGUACCGGGAGGGAGAGCAGGAAACUCAACGGUGAUAUUUAGCUGCAAUGUUCUCUGAAAAUGAUCCCUGUUGAGAAAGUGCCCCAUCCAGCCAGGAUGUGAGCCUUUCUGAACCACGCGAAAACUUUUCCUUUAAGGAUAUUUCUGAUGUCGUAUAUACAUUUUUCUUGUUGAAAAUAAAUUCCAUGAAAAGAUUUUAGUCCACUGCUCAAUACUUCACUCUGCGGGGUCUCAGCCCCCUAGACCGCUUGUUUCUACAACGGAAUCCAGACUUUUACGACUUUUGUUUCUGUAAAAACGUGGCUCCUAACCAGAGAUAUCGAGCCCUUUAGCUGUGGAUUAAUACACGUUCGUUAAGUUAUGUAUUUACAGCAGCAGGACAGUGUAGAUUGGUCCAGGUCAAACCACAAUGGACAAGUUCAUUGAUUGAUUGUCAUGCCUUUUGAUGGACUUUGUUGAUAGUAGGAAAAAUCUGGAAUAUUACAUUUAUCCUUUUCAGACAUGUCAUCUAAAAUGCAUUUCCUUUAUGAAACCUGAAAUAAUGAACCGGAUUUGGAUCAAAUAUUACCAAAAAGCUUACAUUCACCCACAAGCAAAUUCCCUUACUCAUACUGUCAAAUAAAUCACCGUGGUGUUUCCUGCCCUGCUGACAGGGUCUGUUGUAGUGAUCAAACUAACCAGAUUGUGUUCAUCAGGUCACCUGAUCGGUGAAGCCUGUCUGAGAUUACUGUGUGCCACGAGGGAGGACCCCUCUCCCCACCGCCUACAAUGCUGUACAUUUUUACACUAGAAACUGUCACUUGAUUGUAUCAAAGUCUUUGAGUUUUUACGAGUGAUACGCGUUUCCAGACUUUGCCGCUUGUGAAUGUUCACCUUCAGUCUCGAGCAGUGUUCCCCCGAGGUAGAAAAACCAGGAAGUAAACAAGCACUACACAAAAGGUAUGACGCACUUCCCAGUUGGGCAGUCGAAAAAAAACAAAAAAAAGUCCCAUCAAUGUUUCAUUAACUCAGCUUUACCAUUUUUGAUGCAGUUGCGCUGGCGCUGAUUGUAAGACUAUUAGGGUUUGUAACGUGCCAAGCCUCACCGCGUGGUUUCAUCUUAAAUAUAAACUACACAUGUCAUGUCUGCAGCUGUUCUUAGCGUGUUUGCCUUUAAAACUUGUGUGAAAUUAAGCAACAUGGAAAUAGUUUGCCUUUUUUGAUCCACUUUAAGCAUCUUAUAAAAAGUCCAUGAUGAAAUAGUUGAGGGAUUAAUGUUCAUUAUUCAGGCUUUGCCUACAGCGCCAUCAACAGGCCAGUUUACAGUUGCACAAAAUGUCAAUUAGUGGAAAGGUUUAGGCACCCAGACAAUACUUGUUUGGCCAUUAUUAUUUUAGUUACAGGAAAGGGAGCAGUUUUUCGGUAAUGUGAUUUUUUUUACGUUGCUCUGAUCAAUUACAUUUUUUCUAAGCUUUAGAUUGUCCCUAAUAUUAGUGUAUGCAAUAAAAACUUCACUAUUGGUUGAAUACAACCAAUAAAGCCCAGUCAGACGGCACUUUGUAUAAUCCAAGUCAGUCUCUUUUACAAGAAGUAGGAUAUAUGGGUCUAAAGUACAGGAAGAUCCUUUUACAUCCAUCAGGUGAUACUUUGAAGCAAGAAAACUAGUCACAUUUCUUAUUUAAUUGCAUGUGGAUUUAAAACAGUAAUUGAGUUCAGCCAGCUGAAUGUAGUUUGUAGCCUAGUGAUCAAAAGGUUCCAUCGGCAUGUGAAACACGGCAGUGUGGCUCUUCACAGGAAGACGUCCCUGACCUACAGUGUUAAAUGUAUUCAUGAGCAGGAGAGUCUCACAGAUUCCGUCACCAUUGUUCAUGCCGUCCGUGUCGUACAAACAGCUAUAAAAAGAUAUUUAUUCAAAGCUUGUAUGUUGAGACAGUACUGUAACAUAGGACAUUUUAUUUCAUGUCCUAAAGCCUGAAAAUCAAGUAUACGUAUGCCACUCCAAUGUUUUCGUCAAAGAAUACUAUAUUUUUGUUUGUCAUUCUAAGCCAAAAGACUGAGGAGUCCAGGGUGAUUCAAGAGGAAAAUGCCAAUAAAUAUGGAAAUCUA